AUGCGCUUCCUCUUCCUGAGCUUUGCGGCCCUUGCGGCUGCCAACUUCCACGAGCAUUGCUGGAACAUCAAGAUCAACACUGACCGCUGGAACCACUCCCCCCUCGAGAUGGCUUGCCGUGAUUCGCGCACUGGCGAUAUCUGGUACAACGAGCUCGACCUGAACAAGUGCAUCACCAACGUUGAUGGUAAUAUGCGUUGGAGUAGAGAGGGCAACUACUCUCAUUCUGUCGAGAAGCUCUUUCUCGACAGACGCGGUCCUGGAAUCGACCUCACCCGUGUCAUGCUGAAUGGUAACUGCCGCAAGGACUCUGGUAACCCUCUUUUGCCUCCUACCUGGUGGUUCUGCGCCAUCAAUCUCUCCGAGGAAGUCAAGGUCGACCGCGGCCAAGUCUCCUGCCUCGGUCAGAGGUCUCAGAUCGAGCGCCCCAGCGCUCAGGAGGAAGCCGAGCUCAAGGCUCAGAUCGGGGGCGCCCAAGAAUAAACACGACGACCCUUGUCCUUUGCGCAGCUUCGCUCAUCUGGACGAAGUCUGCACCACAGGAAAACUUGCUUCUAUCCCAUCCACAUGCACCUUUCCUUUCCCCUCUGCCCAAGGUAACGAAACACCUGCGAUUCUUGAUCAUGGC